UGGAAACGAAACCUCAAAUUGAAAAAAAAAAAGAAAAAAAAAGAAAGAAGAAAUUGGGGAUUGGAAAAGGGGUUUGAUCUCUCGAACAAAAUCAUCAUCUAAGAGUCACAGAGCUGUUGAAGGAUCAGGGGCCUCUUCAUCUUCUCUGAAAAAAUCAAAAGCUGACUGAGCAUACAAACACGGCUAAAGCCAAAAUAAGUGUAAUUUCUAGUUGAUUUCAGUCAGUGGAUGUAUGCAUCAUAAUUUAUGGAAAAAUCCGGGGGAAGAGUUUCAUAUGCUUCACUUUCUAAUGUAGAAAAGGAAAGCAGCAAUUUCCACUAUAUUGAUGACUACAGUGAUUCUGCUUGGGAUGUGCCAAAAGGCAAUAGUACUUGCCCCUCAGGCUCAAGGUCCUUGGGACAAAAAUAUUCAUAUCAAUAUCCCCUUGAACCUGAAGAAAAUUUUGAGGAUGGAUAUGAUUCUAGUGAAGAUCAUUGUAGUUCUGGGCAACAAAUAAUGCGUCCUGAGGUGAACUUGAAAAAUGUCUUGAGUGGGAUUGUUGCGAUUGUGACUGGCCGUAAUAAAGAUUCAGAUAUCAGUGGAGGUCUGCAAUUCUCCAGUUCAAAUGUUUCAUUUCUAGGCUCUGCUAAGAAUGGAGAAACUUUCUUGCACUCUUCAGUUUACAUACCGAGUGCCCCACCUCUUCUUGAGCCCACUGGGACUAACUAUAGUGCUUACAAAGAUGUGUUGGAAGCUGAACCCCCAGAGUGGCUCCCAGACAGUUCUACUACACUUUGCAUGCAGUGCACUGCUCCUUUCACUGCCCUCACUCGUGGCAGACAUCAUUGUCGGUUUUGUGGAGGGAUAUUUUGUAGGGCAUGCUCGAAGGGGAGGUGCUUGUUACCUGUUAAGUUCAGAGAGAGGAAUCCGCAGAGAGUGUGCGACACCUGCUAUGAUAGGCUUGAUCCUUUACAAAGUGUGCUUAUCAACACCAUUAGCAAUGCAGUACAGGUUGCAAAGCAUGAUGUGAUGGAUUGGACAAGCAUGAGGGGUUGGCUGAAUCUUCCAGUGGGUCUGUCCAUGGAAUAUGAGAUAUAUAAAUCGUCAAAUACAUUAAGGAGUUACUGCCAGGUUGCCAGAUUGGACCCCGAGAAGUCCAUACCAACAGCAGUUCUAAAAGGAGCCAAAGGAUUGGCAAUUUUAACAGUUGUUAAAGCUGGAAUGCUAGUUGCUUACAAACUUGGCUCUGGUUUGGUUGUUGCCCGAAAGUCUGAUGGAUCAUGGUCUGCGCCAUCUGCUAUAGUUUCUGUUGGUUUAGGAUGGGGUGCUCAGGUUGGGGGUGAGCUAAUGGACUUCAUAAUUGUGCUCCAUGAUUCGAAAGCAGUAAAAACGUUUUGUAGUCGCAUGCAUUUUUCUCUUGGGGCUGGUUGUAGCGCUGCAGCUGGUCCUGUGGGAAGAGUAUUGGAAGCAGAUUUGCGAGCUGGAGACAGGGGCUCUGGCAUGUGUUAUACUUACAGUUGUAGCAAAGGUGCUUUUGUAGGAGUCUCACUGGAGGGGAGCAUUGUUGCAACAAGAAUGGACACUAAUCUGCGCUUCUACGGUGAUCCCUAUCUCACGACAACUGAUAUUCUUCUUGGGACUGUCGACAGACCAAAGGCGGCUGAGCCUUUGUAUGUUGCCCUCGGAGACCUUUACUCCAAACUUGUGUUACGGGCCAGUUUACACUGAAAAUUACAUGAAUGACAUGGCUUUGCUACUACUGAAGUGCCAUGGCUCGGUGGGUUCUUCUGCCCCAUUUUCCUAUUCGAAUGUAAUAAUGAUUGUACAUGUAUGGUUCAAGGGGGAUUGAAACAUGGGCCUUCACAGAACAACUAAAUGUAUAUAUAUACAAGUAUACUUUGGUCCAUUUGUAUUUGUUUAUUAUUAUACGGAUUCAUCUCGUUGGAACUUCUUUUCUUUAUCUGAUUA